UGCGGCGGGGCCGGGCAGGGCCGGGCCGGGCUGGGCUGGGCACGGCGGAACGCUCCGGCGGUGGGCACGGCAGCAGCGCAGCCCCUUCCCAGCCCAGAAGCCCCGUCGGUCGCAGCGGUAGAGACAUCGUCAGCCCCGCGGCUUCGGCCAUGAGGUCGGGGCGAAGAGACGGCACCUGUGUGGGGAGGUGAGCGGAGCAUCGGCACCUUCCUUCUACCCGGGCAGCCCCAGCGGCGAGCGAAGAGGAAGGGCGGAGGAAGGGAAGGGAUUUUUUAUUAUUAUUUUUUAAAAAAAUCUAGCUAUAUAUUUUGGUGCGAUCAAUCCCGACCCCGCAACAGAAGCCCCCGGAGGGAGAAGUGCUGCGCGCUGUGAUGCGUCUUCCUCUCGUCUCGGCUGCCAGAUUGGAUUGUAGCACCCGGCUCCGUGCGCUGAGAGAAUGGCUCGGUUCGGGGAUGAUCUGCCAACACGCUAUGGAGGUGGAGGGCCGGCCGGGGCUGGAAGAGGAAGCAGCCGGCAAGGUGGCCCCCAAGCCGGCCAAAGGAUGUAUAAGCAGUCGAUGGCUCAGAGGGCCCGGACUAUGGCUCUCUACAACCCCAUCCCUGUUAAACAGAACUGCUUCACAGUCAACAGAUCCCUCUUCAUCUUCAGUGAAGAUAAUGUUAUACGGAAAUAUGCCAAGAGAAUAACAGAAUGGCCUCCAUUUGAAUACAUGAUUUUAGCUACAAUCAUAGCCAAUUGUAUUGUGCUGGCUCUGGAACAACAUUUGCCGGAUGGAGACAAGACACCUAUGUCGGAGAGAUUGGAUGACACUGAGCCGUACUUUAUUGGAAUAUUUUGUUUUGAAGCUGGUAUAAAAAUCAUCGCUCUGGGGUUUGUUUUUCACAAAGGCUCUUAUCUCCGAAAUGGUUGGAACGUGAUGGAUUUUGUUGUGGUCCUCACAGGGAUUCUAGCAACUGCUGGGACCGACUUUGACCUGCGGACCCUGCGAGCUGUUCGUGUGCUGCGGCCGCUGAAGCUGGUGUCAGGAAUCCCAAGUUUGCAGGUCGUCCUCAAGUCCAUCAUGAAGGCGAUGGUGCCUCUGCUUCAGAUUGGGCUGCUCCUCUUCUUCGCCAUCGUGAUGUUUGCCAUCAUCGGUUUGGAGUUCUACAUGGGGAAGUUUCACAAAACCUGCUUCUCUAAUGAGACAGGUGAAGAGGUGGGAGAUUUUCCUUGUGGAGAGGAGCCUCCUGCCAGGCAAUGUGAGAGUGGGACGACCUGCAGGGAGUACUGGCAAGGGCCCAACUACGGCAUCACCAACUUUGACAACAUCCUCUUUGCUGUGCUCACCGUCUUCCAGUGCAUCACCAUGGAGGGAUGGACUGACAUCCUCUACAAUACAAACGAUGCUGCAGGAAAUACCUGGAACUGGCUUUACUUCAUCCCUCUCAUCAUCAUCGGCUCUUUCUUCAUGCUCAACUUGGUGCUGGGUGUCCUAUCAGGUGAAUUUGCCAAAGAACGAGAGAGGGUAGAAAACCGUCGAGCUUUCCUGAAACUCCGUAGGCAACAGCAAAUAGAACGGGAGCUAAAUGGGUAUUUGGAGUGGAUCUUCAAAGCAGAGGAGGUCAUGCUGGCCGAGGAAGACAAGAAUGCAGAAGAGAAAUCUCCUCUGGACGUGUUGAAAAGAGCCGCAAUAAAGAAGAGCAAAAACGACCUGAUUCAUGCUGAAGAAGGUGAGGACCAUUUCACAGACAUUUGCUCCGUUGGGUCUCCUUUUGCCCGUGCCAGUUUGAAGAGUGGGAAGAAUGAGAGCUCAUCCUACUUCAGGAGGAAAGAGAAAAUGUUUCGCUUCUUCAUCCGGCGCAUGGUGAAAGCCCAGAGCUUCUACUGGAUCGUGCUCUGCGUGGUUGCCCUCAACACGCUCUGCGUCGCAAUGGUGCACUAUGAUCAGCCAGAGAAACUCACCACCGCACUGUAUUUCGCCGAGUUUGUUUUUCUGGGUCUGUUCCUAACUGAGAUGUCUUUGAAGAUGUAUGGACUGGGGCCAAGAAAUUACUUUCAUUCCUCGUUCAACUGCUUUGACUUUGGGGUCAUUGUGGGAAGCAUCUUUGAAGUCAUCUGGGCUGCGGUGAAACCUGGUACCUCGUUUGGCAUCAGCGUGCUCAGAGCUCUGCGGCUGCUGAGGAUUUUCAAAGUCACCAAAUAUUGGAACUCCCUGAGGAACCUCGUGGUCUCCUUGCUGAACUCCAUGAAGUCCAUCAUCAGUUUGCUCUUUCUGCUGUUCCUCUUCAUUGUGGUGUUUGCUCUGCUGGGGAUGCAGCUCUUUGGAGGGCAGUUCAAUUUUAGAGAUGAAACGCCAACCACGAAUUUCGAUACUUUUCCAGCUGCCAUCCUCACAGUGUUCCAGAUCCUGACUGGGGAGGACUGGAAUGCAGUGAUGUACCAUGGCAUAGAGUCACAGGGUGGUGUCCGCUCCGGGAUGUUCUCCUCCAUUUACUUCAUCGUCCUGACAUUGUUUGGUAACUAUACUCUGCUGAAUGUCUUCUUGGCCAUUGCAGUGGACAACUUGGCUAAUGCUCAGGAGCUCACCAAGGAUGAGGAGGAGAUGGAGGAAGCCACCAAUCAGAAGCUCGCCCUGCAGAAGGCCAAGGAGGUAGCAGAAGUCAGCCCCAUGUCUGCAGCAAACAUUUCCAUAGCCGCCAAGCAGCAGAACUCCUCCAAAUCCAAGUCGGUUUGGGAGCAGCGAACCAGCCAGAUUCGGAUGCACAAUUUCCGAGCCAGCUGCGAGGCUCUGUACAAUGAACUGGACCCUGAGGAGCGGGUGCGUUACGCCACAACCCUACACAUCCGUCCAGACAUGAAGACCCACUUGGAUCGGCCACUGGUGGUGGAGCCAAGGGGUGAAGGGAGGAACAACAUCAGCAAGCUGAGCCCUGUGGAUGUGCAGGAGGUGGAGCAGACCAAAGUCAGCUCUACUGAUGGAGCAGAAGCGCCACGGAAGCAUCACCGGCAUCGGGAUAAGGAAAAACUGGGAGAACAAGAGAAAGGUGACGUGACCAAAGAUGAAAAUGGGGAAUCUGGCAUCAACAAUAAGGAGGAGAGGCACAGGCAGCACAGAAGCCGCAGCAAGGAGGUGGAAGGGGGCAGCAAGGAAGGGAAAAGUGACCGCACCAGGGGCCAGGAAGGAGGCAAGAGGCACCAUCGCCGGGGGUCGGUGGAAGAAGGUGCUGAGAAGGAGCACCGGAGGCACCGCACGCACCGGCACUCUGCGGAACGGCAAGGCAAGGAGGGCAACGGGACCAUCAACGGGGCCAGGAGUGAGCGGCGGACCCGCCACCGUGGAGGGUCAAGGUCUGGGAACCGGGAAGGAGAGCCUGGCUCCAAGGGUGAGAAUGGAGAGGAGCCUCACAGACGGCACCGGUUCAGGAGCAGAGCGUUGUCGACGUAUGAUUCGGUGGAGAAGGAGAACAGGGAGAAGGAAGGGGAGACUGCUGAGAAGGAGCACCAGAACCAUCAGCCCAAGGAGAAUCAGUGUGAGAUUGAGGCCAGUGGGAGUGUGAGCAUCCCAGUGCACACCCUUCCCAGCACCUAUCUGCAGAAAGUGCCGGAGCAGCCGGAAGAUGCUGACAACCAGAAGAACGUGACACGUAUGAUUCAGCCGCCUCUGGACAAAACCACCACUGUGAACAUCCCUGUCACCAUCACUGCCCCGCCAGGAGAAACCACCGUCAUACCCAUGAACAACGUUGAGUUCGAAAGUAAAGCAGAAGAGAAGAAGGACGUUGAUGACUUGACGAAAAACGGGCCUAAACCAAUCUUGCCUUACAGUUCCAUGUUCAUCCUAAGUCCUACGAACCCGAUCCGGCGUCUGUUCCAUUACAUCGUCAACCUGCGCUACUUUGAGAUGGUCAUCCUCAUCGUCAUCGCUCUCAGCAGCAUUGCCCUGGCAGCAGAAGACCCCGUCCAAGCAGAAUCACCAAGGAACGAUGCUCUGAAGUACUUGGAUUAUAUAUUUACAGGUGUUUUUACCUUCGAGAUGGUGAUCAAGAUGAUUGACCUGGGGCUGUUACUCCACCCCGGCUCCUAUUUUCGUGACCUGUGGAACAUCUUGGACUUCAUUGUGGUCAGUGGGGCCUUGGUGGCGUUUGCCUUCUCAGGAACCAAAGGCAAGGACAUCAACACGAUCAAGUCGCUGCGGGUUCUGCGGGUCCUGCGACCACUGAAGACCAUUAAACGGCUGCCAAAACUAAAGGCUGUCUUUGACUGUGUGGUGAAUUCCCUGAAGAACGUCCUCAACAUCCUCAUUGUCUACAUGCUCUUCAUGUUCAUCUUUGCUGUCAUUGCUGUGCAGCUCUUCAAAGGCAGAUUCUUCUAUUGCACCGAUGAGUCCAAAGAGCUGGAGAAGGAUUGCAGGGGUCAGUACCUUGACUAUGAAAAAAACGAGGUGGAGGCACAGCCCAGGGAAUGGAAAAAAUACGAGUUCCAUUACGACAACGUGCUGUGGGCUCUGCUGACACUCUUUACUGUCUCCACAGGAGAAGGGUGGCCAACUGUGCUGAAGCACUCAGUGGAUGCUACCUACGAGGAACAGGGUCCCAGCCCUGGCUACCGAAUGGAAAUGUCUAUCUUUUACGUGGUGUAUUUUGUUGUCUUCCCUUUUUUCUUUGUGAACAUCUUUGUGGCGUUAAUCAUCAUCACCUUCCAAGAGCAAGGAGAUAAAGUGAUGUCAGAAUGCAGCCUAGAGAAAAACGAGAGGGCCUGCAUUGACUUCGCCAUAAGUGCCAAGCCACUGACCCGCUACAUGCCCCAGAACAAGCAGUCAUUUCAGUACAAGAUGUGGAAGUUUGUGGUGUCCCCUCCCUUUGAGUAUUUUAUCAUGGUCAUGAUUGCACUCAAUACUAUUGUUCUCAUGAUGAAGUUCUAUGAUGCUCCAGAAGCAUAUGAAGAAAUGUUGAAAUGCCUGAAUAUUGUCUUUACAUCCAUGUUUUCAAUGGAGUGUGUGCUGAAGAUCAUUGCCUUUGGUGUGCUGAAUUAUUUCCGAGAUGCCUGGAAUGUCUUCGAUUUUGUAACAGUGUUGGGAAGUAUUACUGAUAUUUUAGUAACAGAGAUUGCGGACACGGACAACUUCAUCAACCUCAGCUUCCUGAGGCUCUUCAGGGCAGCCAGACUUAUCAAGCUCCUUCGCCAAGGUUACACCAUCCGCAUCCUGCUCUGGACGUUUGUGCAGUCCUUCAAGGCCUUGCCUUAUGUGUGUCUUCUCAUUGCAAUGCUCUUCUUCAUCUAUGCCAUCAUUGGCAUGCAGGUAUUUGGAAACAUUGCACUGAAUGACGAAACCUCCAUCAAUCGGCACAAUAAUUUCCGUACCUUCCUUCAAGCCUUGAUGCUCCUGUUCAGGAGUGCCACGGGGGAGGCCUGGCAUGAAAUCAUGCUGUCAUGCCUGAGCAACAGGGCAUGCGACCCACUCUCCGGCCUCACCAAGAACGAGUGCGGCAGCGACUUUGCCUACUUCUACUUCGUGUCAUUCAUCUUCCUCUGCUCCUUCCUGAUGUUGAACCUGUUUGUGGCUGUAAUCAUGGACAACUUUGAAUACCUGACACGAGAUUCCUCCAUCCUGGGGCCCCACCACCUGGAUGAGUUUGUUCGUGUCUGGGCUGAAUAUGACCCAGCUGCCUGCGGGCGCAUCAGUUACACAGACAUGUAUGAGAUGCUGAGACACAUGUCCCCACCUCUAGGCCUUGGAAAGAAAUGCCCUGCUCGCGUUGCCUAUAAGCGUCUGGUGAGGAUGAACAUGCCCAUCUCACCCGAGGAUCUGACAGUCCACUUCACCUCCACGCUGAUGGCCCUGAUCCGCACUGCUCUGGAAAUCAAGCUUGCCUCAGGGGGUGUGAAGCAGCACCAGUGUGAUGCUGAGCUGAGAAAAGAGAUCUCUCUGGUUUGGCCCAACCUGUCCCAGAAGACACUGGAUCUCCUGGUGCCUCCACACAAACCUGAUGAAAUGACUGUGGGGAAGGUCUACGCAGCGCUCAUGAUAUUUGACUUCUACAAACAGAACAAGAACAGCAGGGAACAAGUCCACCAGCCUCCUGGGGGCCUGUGCCAGCCCGGACCAGUGUCACUCUUCCACCCCUUGAAGGCCACUUUGGAGCAAACCCAGCCCUCAGCAUUCAGCAAUGCGAAGGCAUUCCUGCGCCAGAAAAGCUCAGCCUCACUCAACAACGGGGGCACGUUGCCAGCUCCAGAGGGUGGGAUCAAAGAAUCCAGUUCCUGGGGGACUCAACGCACCCAGGAUGUGUUUUAUGAAACCAGGACGCCAGCUUUUGAACGAGGCCACUCAGAGGAAAUCCCCAUUGAACGGGUGGUGGAAAUGAGGGAAAUCAGCCCCACGAUUGCCAAUGGAGAGCACCAACCAGGGCUGGAGAGCCAGGGUCGGGCAGCUUCCAUGCCGCGCCUGGCUGCCGAAACACAGCCCAUCCCGGACACAAGCCCCAUGAAGCGCUCCAUCUCCACGCUGACCCCACAGCGCCCGCACCCCAUGCACCUCUACGAGUACUCCCUGGAGCGUGUGCCCACGGACCAGGUGCAUCACCACCACCACCACCGCUGCCACCGGCGGAAAGAGAAGAAGCAGAAGUCCUUGGACAGGACCACACAUCAACUGGCCGAUGGGGAAGCUGUGGCCCGCUCUGGUGAAUCUUCUUCCAAGGACAAGAAGCAGGAGCGUGGACGGUCCCAAGAGAGGAAGCAGCACUCUUCCUCCUCUUCAGAAAAGCAGCGCUUCUACUCCUGUGAUCGCUAUGGCAGCCGGGACCGAUCCCAGCCCAAGUCUGCUGAUCAGAGCAGGCCCACUUCACCCAAUGGUGGGCCUGAGCAAGGUCCCCACAGACAGGGCAGUGGUUCGGUUAACGGGAGCCCCUUGCUGUCGACAUCUGGUGCUAGUACCCCAUGCCGGGGUCGGAGGCAGCUCCCGCAGACCCCCCUGACCCCACGCCCCAGCAUCACUUACAAGACCGCCAACUCCUCGCCUGUACACUUCAGCACGUCGUCGGGUGGCCUCCCACCCUUCUCCCCAGGCCGUCUGAGCCGCGGGCUGUCUGAGCACAAUGCACUGCUGCGUGGGGACCAGCAGCCGCCCCCAGCCGCGGUUGCCCGCAUCGGCUCCGACCCCUACCUGGGCCACCGUGACACCGCCGACAGCCCCGUGGGCGCAGCGCCCGAGGACACGCUCACCUUUGAGGAAGCCGUGGCCACCAACUCGGGGCGUUCCUCCAGGACUUCUUAUGUCUCUUCCUUGACCUCCCAGUCUCACCAAGCACGCCGGGUGCCCAAUGGCUACCAUUACACGUUGGGGCUCAACACGGGGCCUGGCACUGGCACCAGGGGACGGAGCUACUACCAUGAAGCUGACGAGGACGACUGGUGUUAGCGGCACAGCCAAACCCUCGGAGGCGCACACAGGGAAAGUCGAUGAGUUUUAUCAUCCGGAAGGCUGUGCGCUCAGACACACAGUGCCAGGGGGUGGCCCCUGCUGCCAGAACUGCUCUGUCCCACUCCGAGACCUCCGGAGACACUUGUGCAGCCUCUCUCCUGCCCUCUUUUUAUUUAUUUAUUUUUUUUAAAAAAAAUUUUUUCCACCAAAAGGUACCAAGGAAGAAGGCUCCCUCCCAGGAGGCAGCGCACCUCACCCCACCUCCCUGCUGCUUUCAGAGAUGUGCACCAGGUACCCAACCAUGAGGCCUGCGAGGAGCCGUCCCUGCUGGCAGAUGAGCAGACCAUCAAUGCUUUUUGGGAUUGGGAAUGUUUGGUGCCGAUUUGUUUGACCAAUUGAUUGGUCAACAUCAGUUGGGCUACUACUUCAUGAUUAUUUUUUUCCUCACCUGUCCCACCCAUAUCUGGGCAGGAGUCAGGGUUGCAAAAGGGACACUGGCAAAAAAAGCUCGACCCUGCGUUUCAUCUUGUUCCCCACUAAGAGGGAAGAGAUCUACCUAAUGAACUGGGAGAGGAGAAAAAAGAAACCCCACAGAUCAGAACAAAGGACAGUCCGUUGGGACUUGAUGUUCAGCCACAGCGACCCUUCCCAGGAACUCGCUGCUUCACCCCGGACCUCUCACGUGCAUCACCACUUCGGGUCCUCCACGCCCAUCAGAAAGCCACACGAGAGCUCCUUCCUAAGGACUGUUUCCUUGCUGCUGAGACUUUUCUUCCUGUCCCUCUCUCCUGUUGACUGCAACACGCCCUCACUGUUUUGUCUUGUUUACAAUAUAAGCUUGAUUUAGCAAAAAAAAAAGAAAAAAAAGAAAAAAGAAAAAAAACUAAAAGAAAGGGGGGAAAAAAGAAACAAAACCCACAAAAACUUUAAAAAUACAGGAAAAAAAGCGUAGGGUUGAGCAGAAGAAAUGUUAUUGGUUUUAUAUCAAGCUAUUAGAUAGAACUUUAACUUUUCAUUGUGUGCAUUUUUGUAAAUUGUACAGUAAAAAAAAAACAAAAAAAAACCCAAAAAAAGAAAAAAAAAGGGAAAAAAAACAAAAUUACUCUUUCUGUAGAGGAUUAGUCCAGUUGUCAUUCCAGGUCCCACCGUUUCUACCGAAUGCUCCAGUUGUUCACUACUAAGUGCCUAACCUUUGAAAUCUUACACGGCAACGACGACGCAAACUCUUGCUUCGAUGCAUCGAACGUGGGGGGUAGCAGGGCCUGGGGCAGUGCCCAAGGGUGGAGGUCCCACGGCGAGCACAUUGCCUGGGCUGGGUUUGAAGAUGAUAGUGGGGAAGGCAAAGAUGCUUUGGGGUUGGUUUGGUGGUUUUUUGUUUUUUUGUUGGUUUUUUUUUUUUUUUUCGUUUUUUAUUUUUUGACUUUGUUUUAUUUAAAAUAUACUUUAAUUGUUGAGAGCGGGAAGGGUUAUAACUGCAGCAGUUGGAACUGGCCUUGUCUCAUUUGUCUGGUGUUGUCUCGUUGACCGAUGUUUAGGUCCUGUGGGAGAGCUGCAGUGAUGCUCCCAGAGGAGCAGCGCCUUUCCCAUUUGCAUGUCUGGAGUUGUAGUUGGGCCGCGAGAGCCGUGGCUGUGUCCCGUGGUGCGUCGUUUGUGUUGGGGGCAGAUGGAGAGAGUCUCGUUUUUAUUUAUUUGCCUGUUAAGAAGAAAAGAAAACGAAACAAAAAUAUCAAAACCUCUUAACUCUGAUUCUCAGGGAUGAGAUUUCUGUGUUCUUGCAAAUGACUUUUGCGUUGGAUGACAUUUUAGUUUGUGCACGUGUGGAUUUCUGCACUUUGAGCCUGGGAAGGAGGCACAGCUGACAUGGCGAUGGGGAGAGAGUGCCAAAAGAAGCGCCUGGGCAGGACCUGGUGUCCGUGGCUUUGGAGAACCUCAGUAGGGCUAAUUUGGUGCACGGGAGGCCAGAAGCCAAGCAGUUCCUGGGCAGAAGGUUAAAGCAGGAGGGGUGGGAGGUGCCCGUAGAGCACGUUGCUAAAAGUAACGAUAGGAAAUGGUUGGACAGUUGAAUUACUUCAGAGGAUCAACCGAGCCCCAGAACUGUGGAACUUCUCAAGGCAAAGCUUGAACCGGGUGGAGAUCCCGGCAGACCUGCCGAUAGGUUUGGACAUGAGGGUGGUUUUAGGGUGUUGGAGGCUACCAAAACACUCAGGAGGUCUCUGAUGCUCUCAGCAAGGUCCUUCCGGGGAUUUGUGCUGGGAGCAUCCUGCUGUAGGAUGGUUUCUUCACAUCUCCUGUAGCUUUUCUGUUGGAGAAAUUCAACCUGUCGCGUUCCGUUGCGUGUUUUUCUUUUUUGUUCCGUUACUGAAUAAUAAUCUCUGGCUGAUCUCAUCCCUGGAUUCUGCUAAAGGAUAACUCCUGUCUCUGUCUCUGUAUUUAUGUGCACUUUGAAUAAAGGAAGUGCGGUAGCCAGAGGUCCUCUAUGGGUAAUGGCUGUAAUUUGCAAACGGAGGGCUAUGCAACAAGAUGACACGUAAGGAAACACAUCCACACCACAGUCAGUGAGACCUUCAUCCAUUCUGUAGCUUUAUCUGCUGGAUCUUCCUGUUUCAGGCUUCAGCAUGAUUGUGACCAAAUGUUUUAUACAUUUUUUCCUGACACAAAGGCACAAAGGCUUUAUUUGAAAUUUUAAAGAAAACGUUACUCUUUUACUCCAAGGAGGAGAGGAGAAAGUGGAACCUCUCCAACACUGCAUGCAAACAUUGCACCCACACCGCAAAGCAAACGAGCCGUCUUUCUGCACCGAGCAGUUUUGCCUUUCCUUCCCCUCUGCCUUGCCCCUUCCUCUGUCAUACUCAACCUCAGCCCCCACAGCCCCACACCAAUCCCCCCUCCAAAGCCCAACAGGGGUGCGGGAUUGCUCCAAUUCUUGCACAGAACACAAAGCAGCAGCUCCACUUGUCCGACCCUCCGCCUUCCCCAUAGGGGUCAUUGCUUCCAGCAAUGGCGGUGACAGAGGAGCCUGACCACGGUUGUCCAUAGUACCCUUUCCCCUCUAUUUUAACAGCCUCUCUGCUGUCUCUUCAAUGCAUACAUCAUAACUCCAAGGAUCCUCAUAGUGAGUUGCCAAACUUGAAUUGCACCGAUCAGUUUUCUGCAUCCAGAACCAGUCUCGUAGUGGCUGUACUUUGAAUAAGUAAUGUUUGCAUGUAAAAUAUAUACAUAUAUACAUAUAUAUAAAAAGUAUGUGCAUGGAAAAUGUUUAUCUUCGUACUUUUUUGAUACAAUGUAUUCAUCAGUUGUUAAUUUUUAAUUAUAUUUGAUAUAAAUUGGGGGUUUGUUGCAAAACUUUCUAUUUAAAGACAAGGAAAAAGAGAAAAAAAAA